GAAUUCUAUACCCUUCUGCCUGUAAAAAGGUUAUAGAGAGCAUAGAGAGAAACCAGCAAUUCGUGUAAAACCAGCCCUGCUAUCCUGUUUCUGUGUGCAGGCAGCCAUGGGCUUGGCACUCUCUAGACUUGUCAAGCUGAUGUUUGCGAGGCGGGAGAUGCGAAUUCUGAUGGUAGGUCUUGAUGCAGCCGGAAAGACAACUAUCCUUUAUAAGCUCAAGCUCGGAGAGGUUAUCACCACCAUCCCAACCAUUGGUUUUAAUGUGGAGACUGUGGACUACAAGAAUGUUAGCUUCACAGUGUGGGACGUAGGUGGUCAAGAUAAGAUUCGACCUUUAUGGAGACAUUACUUUCAGAAUACCCAAGGGCUUAUAUUUGUUGUUGACAGCAAUGACAGAGAAAGGAUUCUUGAAGCUAGAGAUGAGCUGCAUAGAAUGCUGAGUGAGGAUGAAUUACAAGGUGCCACUCUGCUAGUAUUUGCCAACAAACAAGAUCUUCCAAAUGCAAUGAGUAUUUCUGAAGUCACUGAUAAGUUAGGCUUACAUGCUCUUCGUCAACGCCGCUGGUAUAUUCAGAGCACUUGUGCUACUACUGGGGAAGGACUAUAUGAAGGCCUUGAUUGGCUUUCAAACAACAUAUCCAGCAAACCAAAAUAAAUAACUUCCUUCUACUGUCUGCUUUAUAUGCUGUGUAAGGUGAAUCUGGCAUAUCUACUUAAAAAUUUUAUGCUUACUCCCCUUUAUGUGGAAAAUUGAUGCUUACUCCUCCUUAUGUUUACAAAUCAGAACUUAUUUUUAUAAUCUUUUGUGAUUUGGAAAAAAACUUGAAUGGCUGAAGAUUGCUGUAAUGUUUUGCUUAGGAACUACUCUGCCAUGUUUCCUUUAUUUGUGUUGCAUAAGGUAUGCCAUCCACCCACUGUUUCUUUUAUGUUUUCUG